CAAAUGUGAGUGAAGGUGGAAGUAAACCCUUAAAACUGAAAAUGUGGCGUUUACAAGAGAAAGACACACUACAAAUACUUGAUCUAUCUGGGCCUCCUCUUGUCUUCUUUAUAUAAAGGUUAACCCGGAUUCACUUCUUACACCUUGAAACCCUAAUUACACUCCCCUUUUUCUUCAGUAGCCGGCCAUUCAUCCAUCCAUCCAUCCAUCUAUCCUUGCUCUUCACUGUGAUUGAAAGUGAGAAUCGUAUUGACAUUUGAGUGGUAUUGAAUAUCGGAACCAUGUCGGACGAAGAGCGCGAAGAGAGAGAGUUGGAUCUUACUUAUCCUGAAGUUGUUACCAAAUACAAGAGCGCUGCUGACAUUGUUAACAGAGCUUUGCAAUUAGUUAUAUCAGAAUGUAAGCCAAAAGCUAAAAUCGUUGAUGUUUGUGAAAAGGGAGAUUCUUUUAUCCAGGAGCAAACUGGAAACAUGUACAAGAAUGUGAAAAAGAAGAUUGAGAGAGGUGUAGCAUUUCCAACUUGCAUUUCUGUCAACAACGUUGUUUGUCAUUAUUCGCCUCUUGCAAGUGAUGAAACUGUGCUCGAAGAAGGUGAUUUGGUCAAAAUUGAUAUGGGUUGCCAUAUUGAUGGUUUUAUUGCUGUGGUUGCGCACACACAUGUAGUUCAAGAUGGUCCUGUAACCGGUAGAAAAGCAGAUGUUAUUGCUGCAGCAAACACUGCUGCUGAAGUGGCUAUGAGGCUUAUCAGGCCUGGGAAGAAGAACAAGGAUGUUACAGAAGCUAUCCAGAAAGUAGCUGCGGCUUAUGACUGCAAAAUUGUUGAAGGUGUGCUUAGUCACCAGAUGAAACAAUUUGUGAUUGAUGGAAACAAGGUUGUAUUGAGUGUAACAAAUCCGGAAGUAAGAGUUGAUGAUGCUGAAUUUGAGGAGAAUGAAGUGUAUGCUGUUGAUAUAGUUGCAAGUACGGGUGAGGGAAAGCCUAAAAUGUUCGAUGAGAAGCAAACUACCAUCUACAAAAGAGCCGUGGACAGGAAUUAUCACUUGAAGAUGAAAACUUCAAGAUUUAUAUUCAGUGAAAUUAAUCAGAAAUUCCCUAUCAUGCCGUUUACAGCAAGGGCUUUGGAGGAAAAGAAGGCUCGCCUUGGUCUGGUAGAAUGUGUCAACCACGACUUAUUGCAACCCUAUCCUGUUCUUCAUGAGAAGCCUGGUGAUCUAGUUGCGCAUAUAAAGUUCACUGUUCUUCUCAUGCCGAAUGGAUCAGAUCGUGUGACAUCCCAUGCUUUACAAGAGCUGCAGUCAACAAAAACAAUUGAUGACCCUGAAAUCAAAGCUUGGUUAGCAUUGGGAACAAAAACUAAGAAGAAAGGUGGUGGGAAGAAGAAGAAAGGCAAGAAGGGUGAAAAGCCGGAAGCUGAGGAGUCGGCAGAAGCGCAGCCUAUGGAUGCAACCACAAAUGGUGCAGCAGCUGAGAACUGAAUAACUUAAAAGAUAUGUUACUCGAAAUUUUGUUACUUGUUGAUUAUGUUUGGUAUUUGGUUAUUGAUGGGCAACUUAAACAUAAAUUUAGAUGAUGUUUUAAAUUUGAUGUUGCCUCUUAGAUAAUGUGUUGUAAAGUUCUGGGUUUGAGCCCACAAAAUGAAUUUUCUUGAUACCCAA